AAUUGUCGCAUAUUGCGAUCGUUCAGGUGGUCACCCGGCCGAGAUAAGCGACAGAUGGAUAUCUCACCCUCAGGUGCGUGAUUAUGAUCGUCUCGCAGAACGUAUAUAUAUAUAUGGGGGAACAUCGUUCGACAAACCAGCAGUGCGUGCCUGUGGUUACAGCUCUACGAAUCCCGCAGACAUGAAAUUUUACGGCAUAGUUGUCUUCUUGGCGUUUGCCGCCCUUGCCCAGGGAGUGCCCAACAAUGCGAGAACGAAGCGCUCGAUUAGCGAUAAUCUGGUGACGUUGGUCGAGAGCAUUCAAGCGUUAGCGUCGGCGGCUAACGAAGAGUUGGGACUCCCCGCAUUCGACCCCUAUACGGCUGAUUCCCUUGACAUUUCGAUCAACCAGACUUUGGCAAAAUUGGAGGGCGGACUGACCGACUUGAAGAUCGCGGGUCUGUCGGACUUCUCGAUCGACACAUUGAAGUUCAGUCUCAUAGGACUCAAGUUCACCUUCGGUUUCACCUGGCCCAACAUUACCUUCAGCACAGGAUACUCGAUCGACGGCACGGUCGCCAGCGUGAUACCGAUCUACGGUGAUGGUGAUGCAUCUGGUGAGAUCACCAGCCUGACCGUUUCCGGAACCGCUGGGAUAUCCAUUAAGAAUUCGUACCUGUACCUUAAAACUUUGACCAGCGCAGUCAGUUUGGACGAUUUCGAUCUCCAACUUACCGGACUCGUGAACAACGACGACGCAUCGGCUCUCAUAGCAGCCGUGGUCAGCGACACAGUCCCACAGAUCCUCGUGGACUUCCAGGAGCAGAUCACCGACGCCGCCAACACCGCGAUCACCGAAUACGUCGACGACUACCUCGGCAGCAUGACGUUGGCUGAACUUCUGGCACUCAUCAACAGCUAAAUUAAUUCCUCACGAUCUGCGGGUACUUGGUUGAAAUUUCAGUGUAGGAUAUUGCAUUAACCAAGCACCAAUCCACGCUUUGACUGCAGGAAAUGUGAAUGAAUAAAUAAAUCAUCGAAAAUAUA